CGUUCUCUCUGCCUCCCCCUCCUCCACUUCUUCCGUGCGCCCCUCGCCAAAACUGGGCGGACCCAACCGCUCGUGGGGAGGAGAAAGCGAAAGAAAGAGAAAGCGGGGAGACCGACCAGCUCUCUCCGGUAUCUCCUCCAGCAGCCAGGACCAACGCAGGAUCCCGGGGCUUUCGAGGCGGAGCGGUAUGGACGAUGGCGUUGGAAGCGGCUCCCUUGACUAAGCUGAGGAGCCGGCGUGCCGCGUUGCUGCGGAAAGGAGUCAGCUUUGAAUGCGAGAGCGACGGCGACAACUCUGUCUCCGAGGACCUGGGCUGUAGACGUGGAGAAUUCAGCCGAAAGCAUUAUGGAUCGGUAGAGCUGCUCAUUUCCAGUGACGCUGAUGGAGCUAUCCAAAGAGCUGGGCGAUUCCGGGUGGAAAAUGGCUCUAUUGAUGAGAAUACAGAUUAUGCCCCUGGUACAUGGCGCAGAACAGAUGUGCAUUUGGAGAACCCGGAGUACCACACCAGAUGGUACUUCAAGUAUUUUCUAGGAAAAGUUCAUCAGAACUAUGUAGGAACAGACAUAGAGAAGAACCCCUUUUUUCUGUCUGUCGUACUCUCUGACCAAAACAAUCAGCGUGUUCCUCAAUACCGUGCAAUCCUCUGGAGAAAAACAGGUACUCUGAAAAUAUGCCUCCCUUACAGUCCUACCAAAACUUUGUCUGUGAAAUCUAUUUUAAGUGCCAUGAAUCUUGACAAAUUUGAGAAAGGCCCUAGAGAAAUUCUUCACCCUGAAAUUCAAAAGGAUUUAUUGGUUCUGGAAGAGCAAGAGGGCUCUGUCAAUUUUAAGUUUGGAGUACUUUAUGCCAAAGAUGGACAGCUAACAGAUGAUGAGAUGUUCAGCAACGAAGCUGGCAGCGAAAGCUUUCAGAGGUUAUUGAGUCUCUUGGGGGACACCAUUACUUUGAAGGGCUGGACCGGCUACAGAGGAGGACUGGACACCAAAAACGACACCACAGGCAUUUUUUCCAUCUACACUGUCUACCAAGGGCACGAGAUAAUGUUCCACGUCUCAACCAUGCUUCCAUAUUCUAAAGAGAACAAACAGCAAGUGGAAAGGAAACGGCAUAUCGGGAACGACAUUGUCACCAUCGUGUUCCAAGAAGGAGAAGAAUCCUCUCCAGCCUUUAAGCCAUCCAUGAUCCGCUCCCACUUUACACAUAUUUUUGCCUUAGUGAGAUAUAAUACGCAAAGUGAUAGUUACAGGCUGAAAAUCUUUUCAGAAGAAAGCGUACCUCUCUUUGGGCCUCCUCUUCCAUCCCCACCAGUGUUUACGGACCACCAAGAAUUCAGGGACUUCUUGCUGGUGAAAUUAAUCAAUGGGGAGAAAGCCACCUUGGAAACUCCAACAUUUGCUCAGAAGCGGCAGCGUACUUUGGACAUGCUGAUCCGCUCUUUAUACCAGGACCUCAUGCCUGACAUGCACAAGAACAUGCUAAACAGGAGAUCCUUCAGUGAUGUCUUACCUGAGUCCCCAAAAUCGGCCCGGAAGAAAGAGGAGGCCCGACAAGCUGAAUUUGUCCGUCUUGGCCAGGCACUCAAACUCAAAACCAUUGUGAGAGGCGAUGCCCCAGCUAUUCUGGCUUCCACAAGCCUCUGUAAAAAGGAGCCCUGGGAGUCCCAGUGCUUCUGCAGCAAUUUCCCUCAUGAUGUUGUCUGCGCAGAUUCCUGGGGCCAGUCAUUGCUCAUCUCUACAGAUGUUGGUGUCUUCCUCUUAGAUGAUGGGCAGCCUCCCAUCCCAGUGUUUGAUAAAACUUUACAGAUCAAACAGAUGCAUGUAUUGGAAACUUUGGACCUUCUCAUUACUAGAGCAGACAAAGGGAAGGACGCCCGCCUCCUCGUCUUCCGGCUGAGUGCUGUACGGAAAGGCAUGGAAUGCAAGCAAGCCAGAAGCAAGUGUGACUGCCGAGAGAACAAACUGGAGAAAACGAAAGGCUGCCAUCUGUAUGCCAUCAACACCCACCACAGCAACGAGCUACGGAUCGUCGCAUGCAUCCGGAACAAGCUGCUUCUCAUCACCAGGAAGUUCAAGCAGUGGGAGGGUCUGAACAGUGGCCUCCCGUUGUCGCCUCAGUCAGAGUCCCCAGUUGAAGAAUUCCAGUACAUCCGGGAGAUCUGCUUGUCUGACCCCCCUGUUGUCAUGGCAUUGGUGGACGGGCCCACAGGCGAAAAUGACAACCUGAUUUGCGUCGCCUACCGGCACCAGUUUGACUUGAUCAAUGAGAGCACGGGCGAAUCCUACAGAUUGCACCACGUUGACUCGAGCAGGGUUAAUUUUGUUGCAGCUAUUGAUGUGUACGAAGAUGGAGAAGCUGGCCUGCUUUUGUGCUAUAACUAUGUCUGCUAUUACCGCAAAGUGUGUCCCUUCAAUGGGGGCUCGCCUUUGGUCCAGCCAUCAGCAUCUGACUUCCACUUCAGCUGGAACCAGGUUCCUUAUGCCAUUGUUUGUGCUUUCCCCUAUAUUUUGGCCUUCACCACCGAUUCCAUUGAGAUCCGAUUAGUGGUGAAUGGGAACCUCGUCCACACAGCUGUGGUCCCUGCGCUUCAGCUGGUGGCAUCAAGGUCAGAUAUCUACUUCAGAGCCGUAACGGCAGUGAGCGAGCCAUCCAAUGGUAGUUCCAAGGAGACUAAUUCACCUAGUACCCCUCAGACACCAUCAGUCAAUGAAAUCCCUGUUUUCUCUCCUUCCGCAGCAGAAGGUGAAGCUCUGUGCAAAAACAUCUACAAGAUCCCCCUGAGCAACCUGGUCGGCAGGAGCAUCGAACGCCCACUCAAGUCCCCCCUGGUCCCCAAAGUCAUCACCACCCCGACGUCGGCCAGCAGCACCUCCAUCCCUGUCGCUCCUUCCCUCUCUUUGUCGCGCAUAGAGAUCAAAGAAAUCGCAACCCGGACACGCAAAGAAUUACUUGGUCUCCUAGACGGCCAUGGUCCCAAGUCGGAGGGGGGAGAAAAGAAGAAGAAAAUCCCCCAGAAACAGUCAGACCCCAAGCCAGGAACAGUACGGUCAACAAGUAGUGACAGGCUCGUUGCAUGCUCUUUCGAAAGCACUUCUGAAGAGCGCCACUUCUCCACCAGUUCAGACCCCGACACCACUACACGGGAUGAGAGCCCCCAGUCCAGCAGCCCCUUUCAGCUUGGGGCUUCCUUCGACGAAGACAUAAUUGACUUGAAGUGAAGACAAUCUGGACACAGCACUUGCACACCUUCCCUGACUCCCCCACCCCCCCAUUUGUUAUGACUCUCUAAACAGUAUAGAAACAUCACACUACACUUUCUGAUAAUUCUGGAAUACAGAAUGUAUACAUAGGCAAUUGAGAUCUAGAAUGCCCAAUAUUUCCAGCUUAUUCAGAUGGAAAGGGCAGGUGGGACAUAGCAUAUUUUAUUUUUCUUGGUUGAAUAUUAGGGCACUCACCCCAUUACAGGAAUCUCAGCUGGUGGAGCAGAUGCGUUUUAAUCAGUUAAUUGAUUAAAGUGUAUAUGACUUAAAUAUUAGUUUUCAAUUUAAAAAGGCUGUCCACAUUUGGGGGAAUCGGACAGCUUGCUAUAAACUCCACAGUGACAGAAAGCUGGGAGAUCCUCCUACCCCCCUCCCCAACACACUUUGUAGGAACAUAGGGAGCCGCCGUAUACCAGUUAAACCAUUGGUCUAUCUAGCUCAGUAUCGUCUGCACUGAAUAGCAGCAACUCUCCAGGGUUUCAGACUAUGGUCAUCCCAAAUCCUACCUGGAGAUGCCAUUGAGUAGACCUGGCGCUUUCUGCAGGCAAAGCAGAUUCUCCACCACUGAGCUACGGCUCUUCCGUAAGCCAGCAGGCUGUCCUGCAAUAGGAACUUUGGCUGGGGGCACAAGUGGCCUCGGAGGAGGACCCACAUCUCCUGCAAGAGGCGAGAGGGUGACAUUUCCCCUUCUCGGUUUGUUGCAACAGCUUUAUAAGUGGGAAGGAGAUGGCCAAGGAGGGAAAAGCUCCACUCUCUCUCACAUUGCUAAAGGGCUAGGAAUGAGGAAGAGGGAAAGUUGGGUGCUGUACAUCCCACUUCCCCAAAGCAGGAUUUAGCUUCCAGGCUCCCCAGCUCCUCUUUUUCUCAAAGAGAAGCUCUCCGCCCUUCCUCUUCGUUCAUCAUGCUGCCCAGGAAGACUCACAAACAGCAUCAUCCCUCCAUUUCUGAAUGGUGCAUCCAUAUGUCACAGCAGGCACCAUCUCAGAAUAGGCCCUCCCACCCACCCAUGUGAAGGGGGUGGCCCUUCUAUGCCCAUCUGCAAUUUUUAAGAAGUACUUAAAUUAAAAAUUAUUAAUUUAACAAAAAAUAAAAUCUGUUGCCCGGUUAGACUUUUUAAUCAGUUCAAUCUACUGUGAUUAAACAGUGAUCCUUAUCUCUUCAGACUAGCAUAGCAGGUAUAGCCAGGGAAGGUUGUAGUGUUUUAUAUAACAUCUUAAACCAUUAAUUUGCUCUGGUUCCCUCCCCGCACCCACUUGGCAAUCUGGAUACUUUAUUUGGAGCAGCUGACAACAGAUGUGAAUGGCAAAACUCUUCCUCACAUUCACAGCAAAAAAAAAAGGUUGGGAUGAUCAGACUGCAAAUAAAUUCUGUGCCCUCCAAAAGUAUACUGUAAAUCAGGCACCCCCAAACUUUGGCCCUCCAGAUGUUUGGGACUACAAUUCCCAUCUUCCCCGACCACUGGUCCUGUUAGCUAGGGAUCAUGGGAGUUGUAGGCCAAAACAUCUGGAGGGCUGCAGUUUGGGGGUGCCUGCUGUAAAUGUUUUGAGUGAGCAGGCAACCCUCAUCCUGGUCACAGGACUAUUGACACAUUUGCUGAUUAUCUAGAAUGAUUAUCCACAGACACCAGGUAAGAGCUGCAUUCCUGGGGUGUGGGGGAUGCAUUGAAGAGGAAACACUGCUCCAGGGCAGCAUUUACACUCCUGCUUCUGCUGAAUAGACUUUGGGGGGCAUUUGUAUUUCCAAAACCUGCCAAACCUCUUUAACAGGGAAAAGAUUUAUGUGCUUGCUGCAUGGGAAGGGAAAUCUCUCUCUCUCUCUCUCUCUCUCUCUCUCUCUCUCUCUCUCUCCCUCCCUCCCUCCCUCCCUUUCAGAAAUCUCAGAGACAACGACCUGUCUUCCCUCUCACAUUCCCCUUAGCUGUCCACAUACUGCUGUUUUCUGAGAAGAAAAUGGAAGUUGGAUAUAGAAAGAGCUGGUGCAGCAUGGGAAAGACCCCUUGAUGAUAGUUCUCCGUCUGCAGAGUAGAUGGUCCUGACACAUGGGAGGUGUUGAACCCCAAAGGCCUUUGCCCCUCACUUACCUGCUCUUGAUUCAUUUUCUUCUUUUUAUAAAGUUGCAGACACUGAUUUAUACAACUUCACACAAAUCAACUUAAACUACCUGUCCUGCGAAGGAUCCCAUCUUGCUUCCAUGGGGGGUGGGGUGGGGGAGCGGAGUCUUUCUUAUGUACGUAUGUAUUUAUUUAUUUUCCUGCUGCUCUUAAAGCAACUGAUCAAUAAACGAAGCAAUACUUUUAAUUGACAAUGCGCUUAGAAAAAGGACAGAAUGGCUUGCCUUUGCCACAAAGCAGGGAUUUUAUGGCAUGGCAAUAUGUGAGAGAGAUUUCAGCUUGCCAUGUGAUAGAAUGGUUAACUUUUCAUUUUUAAAGAAAAACAGGUUUCUUGCAGGGCUUUUUUUUUAAUGGCAAAGGGCAUGUGUCUGCUUUGGGACUGGAAGUGGGUGGGUCUAGAAAGUGGUACUAGCAGGGCAGAGGAGUGAGAUUCAGCUUGGUUCCUGCUUACAGAUCUCGAAGUUGCACCUUCCGUUCUCCUACCUCCUUUGCCCACCAAUAUUCCAUGAGUCCAGUCCCUCUGUCCCCUCUAUUGCACAAUUGCCUUAUAGUAUUUGCUAGUAGAACAGAGCACUUAAUCCAUCCUUGGUGAGAUGCCUGUAACAAUUAAAACAGUUCAACAUUGUGCCCAUUACACACAGGAGCCAUGGCAUCUACUGAAGGUGACAACAUAGCUGUAUAGCCUGCUCAAGUGUGUUCAGAAGCUGCAUGACUUAACUUUUCAACUUGAUGCUAGUGGACUGAGCCCUUAGCAAGGGAAAACCUUGCAGUUGCUGUUCAAAUGAGAUGGGGUGGGCAGGACCUCAAGGAACGCAAUGUCAUGUGUGUGCCCCCCAUCCAAGCAUCAUAGCGCUUUGUGCAUAUUGACAGCCAGUCCCAUUGUCAGUAGCAAAUAAGAUUGGUCACCUGUCACCUGUCACCUGUCUGAGCCUGACUAACAGACCUGCUGAGUCACAGAUUCAGCACAAUCCCUUCACUCAGAGCUCACUCACAGUAGGAAACUCAUGAUGGCUUAAGACAGGGGUCCCCAAACUAAGGCCCGGGGGCCGGAUGCGGCCCAAUUGCCUUCUCAAUCCGGCCCCAGGUCGGUCUGGGAAUCAGCAUGUUUUUACAUGAGUAGAAUGUGUCCUUUUAUUUAAAAUGCAUCUCUGGGUUAUUUGUGGGGCCUGCCUGGUGUUUUUACAUGAGUAGAAUGUGUCCUUUUAUUUAAAAUGCAUCUCUGGGUUAUUUGUGGGGCAUAGGAAUUCGUUCAUAUUUUUUUUCAAAAUAUAGUCCGGCCCCCUACCAGGUCUGAGGGACAGUGGACCGGCCCCCUGCUGAAAAAGUUUGCUGACCCCUGGCUUAAGAACUGCGUGAGUGAAGAAGCCACACCUUUUACUGGCAGAAGGAGGCAGGGUGUCUCUUACCUAGAAGCUCUUAACUUGAGCUGACAUGUGGAUGACUCCUCCCUCCGCACAUACAAGGGAGGAGAGUUAGGCAGAGCCUUGGACAGAUUUGUGGAAUCCCUACCAACAGAAGUGCUGUACAUCUGAGUAGUUAGAGCACAUACUGUAACUUUGCAUGUGAAAGCACCCACCUUUUCUUAAAUGAAAACAAAAGGCACUGGGAAACUUUAGGUGUUGGGGAACCUUUGGCCCUCUAGAUGUCUUUGAACUACAGCUCUCAUCAGCCCCAGCCAGUGUGGCCAGUGAUCAGGGAUGAUGGAAGUUAUAGUCCGUCAACAGCCGGAGGGCCAAAAAUUCCCACCUCCUGCCUUAGACCUUGUUGGGCCCUUGAUGGAGGAACUGAGAGUCUGGCUUGAUGCCUCUGCUUAAAUGAAGUCAUUUUUUCCUAUUUCCCUCCUUUGCCAUUGUAGGCUACAUCCUUGUCUCAUUUCCAAUUAGACUUUUUGUUUUUUGUUCCUGCACAAGAAAUUUUAACUUGGGAGUUGGCACCACAUCAAGUAGGUUCAUGUCAACAUCAAAGCGGCAUCAUCCCUUUCCAGCACCCUCAUUCAUCUUCCCACUGGCAAUUCUGAUCUCUCUAGUGCAAGCCCUGCAUGCAAAUGCACCACAGGGAAUGCCCUCACUGCAGAGUGGAUUUCAUCCCAGCAGCAGCAUUUGUUACAGAUCAGAGCAGGGUAGGAAGGCACUACAUCAGCUACGUGUUCCCCUAGGUGGUGGUAGCUCCCUAUGAGAAAACCGCUUGGGUGGGGUCAGUGUAUAAGAUGUAGGCCAGUCCUAUGGGCAGCUUCAGUGGCUUCGCACCUAGAAGGCUGUUUUACACCGAACUAGUCCAUUGAUCCCUCUAGUUCAGUAUUAUCUGCACCGACUAGCAGCAGUCUAUGAGGGUUCCAGGCAAUGACAUUCCCAGCUGCAGACAUUCUCGAGUUGCUAGGGUUUGAACUGUGAACAUUCUGCAUACAAAGUGUGUGUUCUAACAACAGAGCUCCAGCCCCUUAACAGCAAAGUAAGAUUCUAGUCCUCAUCAUUUUGAACAAAGGGCUGAAUUUAAUAAGAACAUCGGAAGCUGCCUUAUCCCCAGUCAGCCCAUUGGUCUAUCUAGCUCACUGUUGUCUACACUGACUGGCAGUGGCUUUCCAGGCUUUCAGGAAGGUGUCCUUCCCAGGCCUGUCUGGAGAGGCCAUUGGGGGUUCAACUUGUGUGUAAAGCAGAUUCUCUACCACUGAGUGAUUAUGGCCCUUUGGGGCUUGGCUUGAAAUAGUUGGGGGGCGUUAAAGUUCCUCCUGCAUACCCCACUCCUCUGAUACAUUCCAUAACUGAACAUCUGGCAUUUCCUUCUUUGUCUUUAUGUAGCUACUGUAUUUGUUUAGCAUCUAUUGCUUUUUCAUUUGUUUGGUAACUAGGGAGUGCUAAUGCUAGAAUGUUGCUGAUGAAACGUCUUUUUUGCUUUCUGGGCCUAGUUAUCUAUAUGGUAGUUAUCUAUAGUUAUCUAUAUGGUACCUGGAGAUGGAGACAUUUUGGGGGCCACAGCAACUUUUAAUUGGAAGGUCACUAGCCUCCUCUAAACACUGUGGCCUCAAUACAAUCUGUGCAUCUCUUCCCACUGCUCCCCUCCCUCCGAGAGUCAGUUCUCACAAGGACCAUGCAUUCACCUCUGGUUGCAGCCACUGGCUCACAUGGAUUUGUCUCUUUGUUUAUCCAUUUGUGCUUGAAAUGUUUGAUCAUGCUUAUAGGGCUGAGGGGAGAAUAUUGGUCCGCUUGCUGCUGUCACAACAGCCCCUACUUCCAGCUCGCAAGAAGUUCCAACUAUUCCUAAGGGGGUGUUAUAUGUGCAGGUCUCCUACAUGUACUCUGUUGCCAUCCAAUACAUCUCAUUGUUUUCUGACUACCAGUAUAUCUUUGUGUUUGCAAAGCACUCAGGCUUGUUCUCAAACAUUAACUAGUGCAGAUGAUCUAUACUUUUCUAUCCGGUCUUCCUCCAAAAGAGCUGUCUCCAAAAUAAAUAAAUAAAAGGCUGAUUACAGUAGGUGCCCAGGUGAUGCAACAGCAUUAGCUGCCCCCAGACCAUCUACUGUUGCCAAAUUAAAAUAGAAGUCUGUGAUCUAAUAGAUCUCAAAACAAGGAACAUCGUUUGCUAGAAUAGUUGGCAAAGUUUGCCUCUUACAACCCAGUCCUUGUGGCACUAAAGGUCCUUGCCAUGAUUGUAGCAUCUCUCUCUCUCUCUCUCUCUCUCUCUCUCUCUCUCUC